AUGCACGCGUUGGACUACAAACUGUCCGUGCUCAUUUUCGCCGAACCACACGAUACUUUUGAGGAGUUGAAGGUUUCUGUCACGGUGAGUUUAGUAUAAGUUGCGGUGUCAAUGCCAUACGUGUUUCUUUUCUUCUCAAAAAAUCCAUCGAAACGAUUACUUGUGUGCGAGAUCAUCUCUCUCACCAAUAAAUAAUUCCAUUUAUUUCAUACUAGAGAUUGUUGUAAACGUUUUUCAAUACAAACAUAUGUAGAUGUCGAAACUGCAACUUUUCCCGUUUCAUCUUCGCCCCUUCUGCGCGUUAUUCGUGUUUUGGACAGUAAUAAGCUGAAAAGUGUAAUUGUGAAAAUGAACUGUCCCAGGCUGGAAAAUGAUUGGUUUUGAAAGGGGAAUGUUUGCCAGAUGACAAUAGUUUCAAUAAUUAAGUGUCAUGUCUCUAUUGAACACCUUUACUGUUUCACAAUGUAGCUACAAGUUGUUUUCUGGCCGGUUAACCACAAUGCUUCAAACGUUUUCUCAUUGACAGACGGCAUUCGUGGAAGUGUUCGGAUCUACGACGUACCGUCUGGGAAAUGACACGAUUCAGGCGGCGUUCGUGGAUGCGGAGAGGUCGGUUCACUUCUGAAUUGUCAGAAAGUUCAUAAAAGUGAAAAUAGUUCACUACCUUUCAAGUUUCAGUGGUCAGAACCGUCUGGAGCUGACGCAGGACAUUGUGUGCAGUCAAAUGCUCAAUUCCUCUCUCGCUUCCGUCAUUUUCUCGGCUUCUUUGACGUCUUCUGCCAAAUUCCUGGAUCUAGUCAUCACUUCCGCCUACACUCUUUCGUUUUACAAGUUACCCGUCGUCGGAGUGAUGGUCCGAGAUGCAGAGUUUAGCAAAAAAGUACCAAAAACGUUCAUUUUACAAUUGACCGCCCUAAUUUCUAGAACAUUUACCCGACAUUUGUCCGUCCAACAGCGCCGCUUUCCGACGAGGCCUACGUCUUUUUGCAUAUGCUUUUGAGGCUACAAUACCGACAGGUAAACGGGUCUCGACACGAAAAUCGAAUGUUCAGCACUGUUCAGGUUGUUGUGUUAAGUGUGAAACGGGACACGAAUGCCGAUCAAUUUGUGGCGGAAUUCGAGCAAAGAAGAGUCGAGUUUAAGAUUAUUGUGAGUCAAUACCGUUCACUCAAAGCCGUGUAUCUCAGCUGCCAGUAGAGAUAUCAAAAAGUGGUCAACCGAUAAAAUGCACAGAAUUUCUUGAUCAGUAUUUUGUUAGUUGACAACUUUUUGAUAUCUCAUCGGAUAGCUGAGAUAUACCGUUUUGACUUACAGCACUUUGUUUCCAGGUUCAAAGAUACAUCGAAGUGGAGUUGAAUGAGAACCUGAACGAUACUUUGGCGGAAAGUUUCGAAGAGGUCACCUCCAAUAUUAUCGUCCUUUUUGCAAAGUGAGUUGAGAAGUUAUAUUUUUCGACAAAGCUGAUGAAAUACAAACUCAGGUAGUUUAAAAGUAAUUGAAACUGGUUUUUUUCCUAAUUGGCUUUGUCAAACUAUGCACUGACUAGUUUCAAGAUACUUAUAGUCAUGGAACUGUGUAUUUUUGAGUUCAUGACACGUGCUCCAAUAGAUCUCUGGAAUUUUCGGGUCCCCGGGAGCUGCUGAUGUAUUUCAACGGUUUCGGGAUGCGUUUAAUCCAAAUUAUGGUCCCGCCGGAUCAUGACAAGUCUUUGCCUUUGGUCCGUGCACACGGUGAGAUGUGUAGAAAGAAACUGUCAAACAGACGGACACGUGUCCGUCAAAGUAAACGCAAAGGCGCAUAUCGACAAGGGACCGCACGAGGCGGAGGUGCUCAAAAGACGGCACCGCCACGUGGCGAUGUCGACUUCUUCUCACCGACGUGUGAAACGGGCUUGCCAGGGAAUUCGAGAAUUUCAAUGUUUUUCAGUGAAACGCUUUAAGUGACCUUGUCCGGCUCCGGCCUGUUGAAGAGCUUAUUCGAUUGAAUUAUUCGUGGAAUUGAAACGGGUGUAAAGAAAACAGAAUAAGUUGACGAAAUGAAACUGUAAAACUUGUCGAAACUUUACCGUUUCACACACUUUUUAUAUGUACAGUCUGUAGCUCAAUUUCACAUCAAAAUUCCAUUGUUUUUCAAGAAAAGAAGACGCGGUCCGAAUCUUCGACAACGCGGGAGACCUGACCGGAAAAGGAAAAGUGUGGAUAGUGAGUGAAAGUGCGGGAGAAGCGCACAACGUGCCGAACGGCUCGCUCGGCUGCCGACUCGGCCAAACUCCGUUCUCGGUGCUCCGCGACUCGUUGCUCAUUCUCAAAUCGGCGAUGGAGACGGUGUUUCGCGAGUCGCAAAUGGACAUUCUGCCUCCGGUCGAGUGCGAUCGCGACAGUGUCGAUGCCGAGUGGAAUGGCGUUCAGGCGCCCGCGCUUUUGAGAGAAAUUUGCGGCAUUUCGACGAGUCGAGUGCAUUUCAACGACAAUUGCGAGCGGAUCGGAGUGGAAUACGAUGUGAUCAACUUUCAUAUGGAAAGGCGACACGUCGGCAAUAUGGUAAGCGCCUUUUUAUUGAUGUUUGUUAUAGAAAAAGCCACGGUCUCCAGAGCUGACAAUAUGGGCGUGGCCUCGGCGGCCAAAUGGCGUUUUCAUGAAUUGAGCACGCUUUCUCUGAUUUUUGUGGUCAAAGGCGAUGAAAAAUGAUUGUUCGACAUGAAAACACACUAAUUCUCAGAAUUUAUGACGUUUUGCCGCAUUUUUCGCGGACUUUGCGUUUUCGCCUUCGCCGCCGAUGGCCGCCUAAAAACCGCACUUCUCAUUUUGCGCUUUCUUGGCCGUUUUCAGACAGAAUUGGUUUUGAGAAUGAUAAAUCACGUAAAUACAAGCAUUUUGAGCGCUCGAACCGCGAAAACUACCGAAAAGCAACUGAAAUUCACGCAGUUUUAGCCAAAAACAUUCAAACGGAUAAAUUUAAUUUGCGACUUGACCAAAUUUAACGCUCUAGCGCUUAAAAAAUUCGUAAUAGCCUAUACAAUCGGUCUAUCGAGAGACAAAUGUGAAAUUAUAGGUUUUUUAUGGCUAAUCUGGCAAAAAACACAAAUUUUGCUGUUAAAAUUUGAAUUUCGCGCCAAUGUAUCGCUCUACUGGGCGGGGCGCACUUGCGCCCAUUGUCAGCUCUGGAGACCGCGAAAAGUAACAGAUUUGUGCCGGUUCGACUUCUACACGUUUCAGUUUGAAAUUUCAUCAAAAACGCUCGUAUUUUUCACGCUCCUUGUCGACAAAUCGAAUGGGAAAGCGAGAAGAACGCGAAAAUCCCAUUUCACAUGAAGUUUUCCAGGUCGGCGACCUUCUCCGUCUGGACGAAGACCUGAUCGAGUGGGCGGGCGGCACGAAGCCCCUGGAAAUCUCGCUGCCGAAGCACCUCCGAGUGGUCACCGUCGCGGAUCCUCCGUUCGUGUACACCACUCCAGUCGGAUCGCCGUCGCAGUGCGUCGAACUCGGAAGCACCGUCGUCGAGUGGUCCGUCUUCGAUAAGAUUGUCGUGGUGAGUGACCGACCCGCAAUUGGAGUUGAACGUCAAAAUUUCGAAACUGUCCUCUAUCGCAAUCCCCCCCGCGUGAAAAGGCAUUGUUGAAUGAGGUUGCUGAUUAGUUUCAAAGACUAGAACAGACAAGAUUUUUGCGGGGUGUUAAAAUACUACUCACAUCCCAUAAUUCACUUCUAUCUGGGAUUCAUGAAACUGUAGAAUGAGCAUUCGAAUUUCAGCCGGGACCGUGGUACUCUUGUCCGCUGACAUCAGCCAACACGACCGAAUACUUUUGUUGUGCCGGCCUCGCCAUCGAUCUCCUCUCCAACUUAUCGCUUCCCGAGGUUUUCCUUCACUUUUUCCGCUUCACCAUCUCAAUUUUUAGGCCAACAACUCGAUCGACACCAGUUUCACCUUCUCGCUUCAUCUCAACGAGUCGUAUGGAGUCGUCCAGGCGGCUGAGACGGUACAAACCUAGAAAAUGAUAAAAUCUGAAAAAGGACACUGUUUCAGACAGGAGUGACGAUUGGCGGAGUGAUCGGCGAAUUGGACGGGGACACGGCCGACAUGGCCAUCGGCGGACUGACGAUUAAUCCGGAACGCGAGAGGAUUGUCGACUUCUCCGAGCCGUGGUUGUACCAUGGAAUCAGGAUUUUGGAGAAAAAUGUGAGUGGGAUUGGGCGGAAUUUUGAAACAAAGUUCUAGAUCCGUACAACCUGCCACAAAUUGUAGCAUUUUUCCAACAAGUUCUAAUGGAGUAAGUGUCCGUCCCCAGAUUCCCCGCGACUCCCCGAUGCAAUCGUUUCUCCAACCGCUUCAAUCCUCCCUCUGGACCGCCCUUUUCGUGUCGGUCCUGCUCGUCGGACUCGCCAUUUACUGCCUCGACUUCAAGUCGCCGUUCGAGCGAUUCUAUCAGGCGGACAAGGAAAUGGAGCACGACCUGAAGAAGGAGUUCGAGUUGUGGGUCGGCAAGGACGAGGACGACAACGUCAACUUUGGCGAGGCCAUGUGGUUCGUCUGGGGCGUCCUCCUCAAUAGUGGAGUCUCGGAAAGUGAGCAAGUUUACUGGUUUCCAGCACAAAAACGAGAGGAGACGAUUGAUUUCAGAAACGCCGAGAAGCUGUUCGGCGCGUGUUCUCGGCAUUGUCUGGUGCGGUUUCUGCAUGAUUAUGGUCGCCUCCUACACUGCCAACCUCGCCGCGUUUCUCGUGUUGGAUCAGCCCGAAAAGGGAUUGACUGGAGUGACCGAUCCGAGGGUUAGUCGGCAUUAACGAUAAUAGUCUGAUACUUUUGAAAUGUUACUAUUGAAACAGUGGUAUUUCAGUAAUCGUUUGUGAUUUGUGUGCUAGAACUAAUCUAUUUUGCAAUCAAGCGUCUGAUUUUUGAAACUAGAUUCAUGAAACUGUAAACUUUGAGUUGCGCAACCCGUCGGCCAACUUCUCUUUCGGCACGGUCCUCAAUUCGAACGUCUAUCAGUACUUCAAACGCCACGUGGAACUCUCGUCAAUGUUCCGAAAAAUGGAACCGCACAAUGUGCACCGUGCUUCCGAGGUUCGUGCUCCCCGAUGAUUUAAUUGCCAGCUCCCCGAUCCCCCCCGAUUCAGGCGGUCCAUUCCCUGCUAAACGGCUCUCUGGACGCCUUCAUUUGGGACUCGACCCGUUUGGAAUUCGAGGCCGCACGUCACUGCGAACUGCGGACACGUGGCUCGCUGUUCGGCCGGAGUGCCUACGGUAUCGGACUGCAGAAGAACAGUCCCUGGACGCCCCACAUCACUUCCGCCAUUUUGAGGAUGUCGGAGAGUUUGUCUGUGCUCGAGAAUCUUGAAAAUUAGAGUUAUUUGCAGGCGGGGUAAUGGAGAAUUUAGAUCAAAAGUGGAUUGAUCGAGGCGGUCCGAAUUGUGUCGUCGAGGCACACAAGUCGCCGGCCCGACUCGGAUUGGUGAAUAUGAAAGUGAGUUUUUAGACAAACAAUUUCCGUCACUUUGGAAUUUAAUAAACUCAUUGCCGACUGUUUUCAAAAACUAAUGUUCAUUGUGAAACAGUAACAGUAACAGAAUCACAAAUCCUCACUUUUGAGGACAUAUUCAUACUGGUCUCAUCUGGAGUCGCACUCGGAAUCUUCCUCAGUUUCAUCGAGGUCUCGUAUGGCCGUUGGCUGGCUGAUAAAGGGUAAAGCACUACAGUAACCCCCCACGCACUACAGUAACCCAUCCCCUAAUUUCCAGCCGUCGUCGCAUAAUCGUCAUUCGUUACUUUCAAAAGUGGCACGACGUGUCCCUUGGCCCGAAACGACGGGCCUACCGGUUGAAGUACAAUUUGGAGCGGCCGAUCGUCCGGCGAGGAUUCUCGGGCAUCGAGCGGUGCUCUUUCGCGGAGAUGCGCGAACGGAGACGCGUCAGGGGACUCGCCACGUCACGCAUCGAUCAGUACUGUUUCUGGCCCGAUUUGGACUUUAAGGACAAGCCCCUCGUGCUUUUUUGUCCGAGAUGCAGAGUCAGUUUGUGUUGUCUUUUGAACGGGCUCUUUUUGUGA